AUGAAUGAAAACGUUGGCUCCGAUUCCGGGUUUCGAUUCCCUUCUUCUGUUUCGCAACAUGACAUCGCGUUGGUGAAAUGUGAUCAGAAUCACAAGAAGAAACGGUCCAAAUCGAUGAAGGUCGAUACCACUGGGUUCCCGAACAGUUCUAGUCCUGUUUCCAGGCCUAAAUAUACUAAAAAACCCGACCCUUCCGCGCCGAAGAUCACACCGCCUUGUAGUGAAUGCGGGAAGAAGUUUUGGUCAUGGAAAGCACUUUUCGGACACAUGCGAUGUCACCCUGAACGACAAUGGCGUGGGAUUAAUCCUCCUCCGAAAUAUCGCCGUCCCGUUUCCCCUGUCAAGGAAAUGAAUGAUAUAGAGUCUUCGAUGACCGAAGAGGACCAUGUUAUCGCAGCGUCCUUGUUGAUGUUGGCUAAUGGUACUACCAGCGAGACUGAACCCAACAUGGUUCAAGAAACCGACACUUUCCGAUUCGAAUGUUCGAGUUGUAAGAAGGUAUUCGGGUCACACCAAGCAUUAGGUGGUCAUAGGGCUAGCCACAAGAACGUAAAAGGUUGUUUCGCAAUAACUAGAACUGAUGGCGGCUACGAGGUCGAUGACAAAACGGUGAUGUUUUUGGGACAUAAAUGUAGCAUUUGCUUAAGGGUAUUCUCAAGUGGACAAGCUUUGGGUGGGCAUAAAAGGUGCCAUUGGGACAAAAAUGAUGAACCGUCAUUGAACCAUUUUGAACCAAGACAAGGUGGUUGUCUGGACUUGAACUUGCCUGCUCCAACACCACCUGUUGAACUUGAAAAUGCUUCAUCUUCUUCAUAUUCUUCUUGCAUGGCUUUGGAUUUGAGUUUAAGUUUAUGA